UUACCGUGAAUUUGCUACGGAUUCGCUCCGUUUUGCGAAAUACGGAAAGUUUGCUGUUGCGCAAGGCAGUAUGGGUAGAUUUUUCUCCCCCAGCCAGAAUUUUCCGACGCCAUUACACUCAGCGCGGUCAGUGCCAGUCUGAAGUUCUGCGAGUCACGUGGAAAGUUGUAAACAGGUUUCUAACAGCAUUCCAACCGGCGCUAUACAGGCCAGGGUAGUGUGGCUCGCAGCUGAGCACGGGACCUUUGCUGCUAGCUACGUUAGCAUUGGCAUGUCGGCUGCGCUUCCUAUGUACCAGGUACGUCAAAAGCCCAUUUUUUUGUUCCCCCUCAUACAUUAAGUUGGUCUCGAUAGGCAGUUUGUAGUCGUGUGUGUGUUUCAUGUCGACAUCUGAAUGUGUGUGUUUUCGCGUAUUUUGAAGCGUGAGUGGACGUUUGCUGCUAGCUGUGCUAGCAUUAGCCCGCCGCAUGCGCUUCAUAAGUACGUCAAAAGCCAAUUUUUUAUUCCUCGUACAUGAAAUUUGGUCUCGAUAGUCAGUUGGUAGCCGUGUUUAUUUCAUGUCGACAUCUGAAUAUUUGCGUUUCGCGUAAUUUUGAAGCGUGAGUGGACGUUUGCUGCCAGCUCCGCUAGCAUUAGCCCGCCGCCUGCGCUUCGUAAGUAGGUCAAAAGCCAAUUUUUUGUUCCUCGUACAUGAAAUUUGGUCUCGAUAGUCAGUUGGUAGCCGUGUAUGUUUCAUUGUAACAUUUGAAUGUGUGCGUUUUGCGUUAUUUUGAUGCGUGGGUGGACGAUGGCCCGUUUGCCCAGCUAAUGUUAGCCCAGCUAAUGUUAGCCCAUACGUUUUGUGUAUGUGUGUGUAUGUAAAUUAGCCACGUGUGUGUGUAUUGUUAUAGCUCGCUGUGUUACGUUACCAUACUACUGAGAAUGGCAAUAAUUAAAAGGGGUGAUGAUUAAGUAGAAUCAGAUUUCCCCUGUGUAUUAUAGGACUUUCCAUUCCCUAAAGUGAAAUAAGCAGUGAGGAAAACAUUGCAGCCCAAAGAGAGUGGCCCAUGCAGCCCAAAGCAGAUUGCUCAUUUGAAGGUAUCUGAAAAGUGAAUGUGCUUCACUGUGCUGAUCUGAAUUUAUUGUUUUCAUAUUGAUUCUGUUCUGAUUCUGUCCAUCCUUCACUUGGCAAAUUUAAUCUCUUAAACAUGUUGACUUGUAACAUUUGUGGCUUUAACGCCCGGUCUUCGACUGAUUACUUGAAACACUGCCGAACACACAGAAAUAAUAAUAAUGUAUUUUUUUUAUGUGGCCAUAGGGAUUGCAGAAGGAAGCUUAAGACAUACAGUAGCCUUGCUGUGCAUAUGUCACGAGCACAUGUAGACAGUAGGAGCACACAAACAUGGAACCGCAAUGUGUCUGUACAGUUAAAGUGCUCGUUUAAUUUUUGCAGCAGUGAAUAUGCUGAUCUUAAAACUUUAAAGUGUCAUUUGAGUGGUCACAUAGAUGAGGGUUUGACUGUAACAUGUCCCUUUGAUGGAUGUUCUAAGACAUUCAAUGUAAAGUCAUCAUUUUUAACGCAUAUUUCCAGAUACCAUAAAGGGUGGGAUGUUACCAAGAUAGCCCCAGUUCAUAUAUGUGAACUAACAGAACGGUCUUUCCAAGGUGAAGGAUCGCAUGUAGAACCUGUAGAACUUGAAGAACCUGAAAGUUUUAACGUUGAUGCAGAACAAAGUGAUAAUUUCUGCAGUGAUCAAGUGAAAGACAACUUCACAGAGAGUCUUGCUCAGUUUUACUUGGGUUUACAGGCAAAAUAUUUGGUCCCUGCCUCCACAAUAACAGAUAUAGCACAUGAAAUGAGAACUAUAAGUGAUAUUCAACAGGAAUAUACUGUUGAUGCACUAGCCCGUGAACUGGGGCAGUAUGGUGUUCCAAAGGAGACUGUAACAUCUCUUGGGAAUAGUGUAUACGAGCAGAGCCCUAUGCACAAAGCAUUACAUGAAAAGGGUCAUUUAACUACGCAACACAAGAGGCUGAAAUAUUACAAGUCACACUAUGACUAUGUUGAACCUGUUGAAGUCUUUCUUGGACGCAAUCGCAGUGGCCAGAAGAGGCACUAUCAUUACAUCCCAAUACUGGAAACCCUCAAAGUAAUUCUGAAAAGGCAGGGUUUAGAUCAGCACAGUCCUAGUUCAAAUUCUGAAGAUGAUGUACUCUGUGAUGUCACUGAUGGGUGGGCCAUCAAAUCCAAUGCCAUGUUUUCCUCAGACCCAGACAGUUUAAAGGUAAUGCUCUUUCAGGAUGCUUUUGAGGUGGCUAAUCCACUCGGAUCUGCCAAGACAAAGCAUAAAGUAUUGGCUGUGUACUUCACACUUGGAAAUUUUCAUCCACACCAACGAUCAACUGUUGAUCAGAUACAGUUGGCAUUACUCUGUGUAGAGAAAGAUUGCAAAUACUUUGGAAUGGAUAAGAUUUUCAAUAAGCUAGUGUCAGACUUGUGUGAGCUGGAGGAAAGGGGCAUAUCUUUCAAUGGAAAGAUAUAUAAAGGCACUGUUGCGUGCAUAAUGGGAGAUAAUCUGGGCUCCCACAUGAUUGGUGGCUUUACAGAAAAUUUCAGCACAGCUCAAUAUUUCUGCAGAUACUGUUUGGCAACAAAAAGUGAAUUUCAGUCGAACCCUCUCACAGUUUUCGCUCAUAGAAAUCCAGCUGAUCAUAACGAGACUGUGCGGUUUCUGGAAAGUAACGAUGAAGUACACACUCUUCACGGUGUGAAAUGUGACAGUGUUUUCAACAAACUGUCUAACUUUCAUGUGUGUCAGCCAGGCUUACCAGCUUGUUUAGCUCAUGAUCUGUUUGAGGGGGUAGUAGAUUAUGAUUUGGCAUUAUUUUUGCAGUUCAUAAUCAGAACACAAAAGUGGUUCAGUUAUGAGGUUCUUAAUGAAAGAAUCAAAUCAUUUCCUGGUGAAAGCAGCGACAAGCUAAACACCAUUCCCACUACAGGAGCAAGGCUUGGAGGGCAUGCAGCCCAAAACAGGUGGCUUUUGAGAUUCUUGCCUGUUUUGGUGCAUGACACAAUUGAAGAUGCUGAUAAUGAAGUAUGGGGACUGGUACUACUUCUGAGGGAGCUUGUUGAAUUCGUCUGUGCACCUCGGCUCUCAGAGUCGCAGAUUGCUUUCAUGAAAGGACUGAUUGAACAGUAUGUGGAAUUGAGGCAAGAGUUAUUUCCAAGAGUUCAACUUAGACCGAAACACCACUAUCUGCUUCACUAUGCCCACUUGACUUUACAAUUUGGCCCACUCAUAUAUACUUGGACAAUGCGCUUUGAAUCAAAACAUUCAUAUUUUAAAAGGUGCAUUAGGGCAAGUAAGAACUUCAUAAAUGUAACCAAGUCUCUGGCUGAACGGCACCAGUUGCUUCAGGCUUAUCAGUCUUGUGGUACCUUGUUUAGUCCCCAGGUUCAUGUCUCAGACUCAACACGGUUCUAUCCAGAGCUCUAUGACCAGAACAUAAAGACAGUGGUUGAAGAAUUUGAUUUGAACUCAAGUAACUCAGUUGUCACAGAGAGAGUGCAGGUUAAAGGCACUACAUAUGCAAAUGGAAUGCUGGUCUUACUGAGCUAUGCCAAAGGACAACUGCAGUUAGGACAAAUAGCAAGCAUUUUUGUAAAAAAUGAGAUUACUGUCCUACUUUUGCUUCGAGGGAAAACUGCCAGCUGGGUACCUGAGCUUGGACUCUAUGAACUUGAUGAAAAUGCUUCUGACCUGUUCAGUUGCCAUGAUUUGAACAAAAUUGAUGAUUAUCAUCCACUUUAUUCUUACCAGAGAGGUACUCGGUGGCUCAUUCCUCUUAAACACACACCAACAUGGAACUUGUGAAAAACUAUGUCAAGAAAGCAAUGCCAUCGCUUAGUAGCGAUCAGAUGGAUACACUGAUGGCUAAACUGGAGGAAUUAGGAGUUCUCUCUGUAGAUGACCUGAGCCUUGUUGACCCGGAGGACAUUAAAGACACUCUGCCAUUUAUUCA